AUAACUCUCUAAAAUCUGAAGUCACUGAAGUGUUAGUUCAGGGCUGACCGACACCAUGAGGACUCUGCUGACUCUCUGCCUGAUCAUGAACCUCUGGAUCACCUCUCUGGCUCUAAAGUGCAGAGUGGUUCCAGGCAGUCUGAAGCAGAUUGACGCCGGGAACGGUCAGGUGUUUGGAGUGAACUCAGCAAAUGAGAUCUACACCCUCUACACUGGGGUAUGGACAAAAGUUCCUGGAUCUCUGAAGCACGUCAGCGUGGGACCUGCUGGAGUUUGGGGAGUCAGUGCAGGAGAUUACAUCCUAAACCUUCAGAGAGGGGAUUGGGUUGUUGUCCGAGGCCUCCUGAAGCAGGUGGAUGCCGGAGGAUCGGUCUUCCCAGCCGGAGUCAACUCAAAUGAUGACAUCUACUGCCUUCCUGCUGAAGGUAGCUGGAUAAAUAUCCAGGGAAAGCUGAAGUACUACAGCUGUGGGUCUUACAGCUGCUGGGGGGUGAACUCUGCAGACAAUAUCUACAUUAUGAAGGGUGUGACCCCAACCAAGUGUGGUGGCUCUUUACAGUGGGAGCAGAUAGAUGGAGCUCUUUCCAUGAUUGAAGUUUCAACUGAUGGAAAAGUCUAUGGAGUCAAUUCCAAUGGAGAUCUCUUUGAAAGGGAAGGUGUUUCCUCAAUCAAUCCUGCUGGCACUAAGUGGCGCCAACUCCCAUUGUACCAGAGAAUAAAGCACGUUUCCUAUGAUGGCGGACACCUGUGGCUCAUUACCUUAGAUAACAGCAUCUUGGAUUGUACUGAUGAUCUUAAUUAGCAAUUAAGUUGUGUUUUUACUCGUUCCCUGCUACAUUGGAAAUGUGGUCCCCCUCAGUGUAAACCACAACUUAAAUAAAGAUGAAUGAGUGAUGAUGAGUCAUUGAUAUUUAGACCUUACGUUGCCUGAAAAUAAAGAGAUAUAAUAAUUUCUUCUCUGAUAAACUGACAA